AUGGUCGUUGACAUUCCUCCGCCGAAGAGACGUGCCUUAGGGUUUCGUCGUGUACGGACUGUACAUGAUCUCCAACCUCGCCUCGAUGUAAGUCCGGCUGGUCGUAGAAUGGGUAGCGAUGGUGUAUAUCUCUCACCGUUGCGACAACUCACCACCAAUAUUCUUGACACGUAUCGUAUCUGCAAUCCGCAGUUCCGAUAUGAAUCGGCCCAUAACCCACGGCGCGUUUUAACAAAGCCCAGCAAGCCAGCGCACAAUGACGGUUAUGAUAAUGAUGACUAUGACUAUAUCCUCUACGUCAAUGAUUGGCUGGGUACGGAAGAGGGCCACAAAUAUUUAAUCCUCGAUAUUCUGGGUCAGGGAACCUUCGGACAGGUCGUAAAGUGCCAGAACAUGAAGACUCAUGAGAUUGUCGCGGUCAAGGUGGUUAAAAAUAAGCCUGCCUAUUUCAACCAGAGUAUGAUGGAAGUAACCAUCUUGGAGCUGCUCAACAAAUCCUGUGAUCCUAACGACGAGCACCACAUACUUCGUCUUCGCGACUCUUUUAUCCACCGAAGUCAUCUCUGUCUUGUCUUUGAGCUUCUCUCCUCUAACCUCUACGAGCUUAUCAAACAAAAUCAAUUUCAAGGAUUGAGCACUCAGCUCGUUAAAGUGUUUAUGGCUCAAUUAUUGGAUGCGAUGACGGUACUGAAAGAAGCUCGCCUUAUACAUUGCGAUCUAAAACCCGAAAAUAUCUUGUUGAAGUCCCUCCAAUCUCCUCAAAUAAAAGUUAUUGACUUUGGAUCUGCAUGUCACGAACGUCAGACGGUGUACACAUAUAUCCAAUCACGGUUUUAUCGCUCACCGGAGGUGCUCUUGGGGAUGUCCUAUACUGCGUCGAUCGACAUGUGGUCAUUGGGUUGUAUUGCCGUCGAGUUGUUUCUCGGAUUGCCUCUCUUUCCAGGAACAAGCGAGUAUAACCAAUUGACGCGCAUUAUUGACAUGUUGGGACUGCCUCCUUUGAGUAUGCUAAACACGGGCAAGCAAACGAAUCAAUUCUUUGACGUCUGGGAGACCUAUAAUCCGCAAGCCAACCAAACCGAAAAAAAUUAUCGUAUAAAGAGCCUGGAGCAGUACUCCCGGGAGCACAACACAAACGAGCAACCUGGAAAACAGUACUUCAAAGCCACUUCGUUGCCUGAGAUCAUCAACACUGCUCCAAUGCCGACAUCCAAGUCCGCGCGCUCGGCUCACGAAAUAGAGAAGGAAUUAAAUAAUAGAGCGGCGUUUAUUGACUUCUGUCAGGGUCUUUUGAAUUUGAAUCCUGUCACAAGAUGGACCCCUCAACAAGCGAGAUUACAUCCGUUCAUUACUGGAGAGAAGUACACAAAACCGUUUGUGGUACGUUAUUCUAUGGGUCGACUUGAACAUCUAACAUAA